AGCUCCUUCAACAUUGUUCACUUCGGUACACUAGACAAUCACUAUCAAUCACCAUGAUGACCAUCAAGUCCCUUGUUCUUUCCGUCCUCCUCAUCGGAGCCGUCAAGUCAGAAGACGCAAAGGAUCUCAGCAAGCAUAAUUGCUGCCUUCACAUCAAAAACGCCAGUGAUGCUUGGUGGAUGACAAAUCCCGAUGUCACCAAAGAGGUCUGCCAGUCAUACUACAAGGAUGUCGCGAAAUUUGACAGCGAGACUGGGACGUGUAAUGAGCAUAAGAACGGGACGAUUAAUGGUGCUGAUUGGAAGAGCAAGUGUAAGAUCUAUGGAACGUCUUUAGGCUGGACUGAUGAUCGAGUUGGGGCUGGGCAUGACGCGACGUGUUAUCCGAUAGAUGCGUGAGAAUCUGCCCGGAAAAGGUGACGAAGGACUCCGGCGCACUCACGUAUCUGGUCUGCAUAUGGCAGAUCGAGAAACGACAGUCCUUGUUGCGAGAACCGGAGGUGUUGAUAAACCUCGUAUCACCGCGAGUCUUCGGGUCGAAGACUUACCACGAAGCAGCCAACCAUCGAUGGUGGUAUCGUGAGAGAAGGGCUGGUCACGUACUGCGAGCGCUCAUGGAAUGGGCAACCUUCAGAUAGUUACCGGAAUGCCAUACCAGGACCCAAGUUUUUGUAUAUCCAC